GUUGACUCUCGCUAUACCGCUCUCUACUUGCGACUAUGGCCGAAUCAAGCGUUUCAGCACGGAUCGCCUUCCCUGCCACUGAGGCCGAAUUCAAAAAUGAUGUGCGCGUAUCAUUCGACAAAACGAGUGAGAAAUGGAUUCUGGAAGAUGACAAUGGCGAAGAAUACGAAUGGAAUGCGCAAUUCGAGAAGUGGGUACCUUCAGUCGAUGAGGCUCUCAUGCAGCAACAGGCUUCAAUCUAUGCUAUGAAAGACGUCGACGAGAAUGCGCCGGCUAUCGAUACCAAGAAGCGCAAGGCAGACAUCAAGGCAGCAUCGAAGCAAGACAAGAAACAGAAGACCGACCGACCAAACAGUGCCGUCUACGUAACAGGCGUGCCGCUCGAUGCAAAUAUCGACGAAAUCCACGACGUCUUCAAAAAGUACGGCAUCAUCGAAGAGGAUAUUCACACCAACCUACCCAAGAUCCGCAUGUACGCCGACGACGAGGGCAACUUCAAAGGCGAGGCCAAGGUCAUCUACUUCAAGCCCCAGAGUGUCAGCCUCGCUAUUACCAUGCUGGACGGCACCGACUUCCGCAAGCCAGGAGAGGGAAAUCUGCACGUCGAAUUGGUCGACGACUCAUACUCGAACAAGAACAAGGAUCAGAAGGAUCAGAAGGAGAAGAAGGAAGUGUCUGUUGAGAACAUCAAGAAGAGACGGCCGAAACAGGACCGCUACCUGGCCAUUGAGAAGACAAAACAGAUGAACGCCCGCCUAGCAGACUGGGAUGACGACGAUCCAAGCGUGGUCGCUCCUCCCCCGAAUCCCUCGAAAUAUGCCAAAAUGGUCGUCUUGAAACACAUGUUCACCCUGGAUGAGCUGGACGAGGAUGCGGGUGCUCUGAUCGAUAUCAAGGCCGAUAUCAGAGACGAGGCCUCCAAGUACGGCGAAGUCACAAAUACAGUGCUAUAUGACCUCGAAGCACAGGGCGUCGUUACCGUACGGUUCAAGGAGGCUGAUUCUGCUGCUCUAUGCGCCGAAGCCUUCAACGGACGAUGGUUCGAUAAAAGAAAGAUUAUCGCUUACGUACCUCAGCAUCGCGAGGAAUAUAACAAGAGCAAGGGCAGUGGCCAGGAUGGCCUUCAAGACAUUGACGAGGACGAGCCCGAUGACGACGACGAUGAGAAGGAAAAGGUCGCAGGCUCUGCCCUGGAAGGCCAUCGUACGCUAGAAGCUGAGAAGGAUACUACUGGCAAUCCUGCUGCUGCUAAAUCAUGAAAGUGCAAGACGGUGGCAUCUUAACUUAACGCAAUGGCUUAAAUAAACACCACCACCACCACUACUACUACUACUACUACUAAUUUAGCGGGGCGUUUAGCAAGCAGGAUAGACAGAGCUUAUUAUGUUGUACUUUAGAAGAAGCUUUACUUUGCUAAAUAAGACUAUGCAUCUAAUUAAUACUUAAGCUGAUUUAUACCCGCC